AAACUUAACUUCUAAAAGUACCCGUCAAAAAUUAUUUAAAUGUCACCCAUGUCCAACCACAUAACCUAUAAAACGUUUUAAUGAUGUUGAACAACUGUGAAAGAACACCGGUAAUUGGAAAUCGAAUAGAAUGUUUAGGGUACAUUGGAACAAUUAAAUAUAUAGGCCAAGUUAGCGAUUAUGCAGGGAUUUGGAUUGGAGUAGAUUGGGAUGAUCCAACAAGAGGGAAACACAAUGGAACAAUCAAGGGGGUGUGUUAUUUUGAAGCUAGUUUUCCAACAUCUGGGUCAUUCGUACGUCCUGAGAAAGUUAAUUUGGGCCAAACUGCUGUGACGGCUUUAACAUCACGAUAUGGAAGACAUGAUGAUGACGUUACGGCAAAACUUCAUGAACAACAGUUACAAUCUGUACAACAAUGUAUUAAUGCUCCCUUUCUUAAGUUGGUUGGGUUUGAUAAAAUUACAGAUAAACAAAGUGAUUUUUGGAAUUUAAAAGUUGUAAAUUUACGUUUACAAAGUGUUUAUACAUCCGGCGAUCCUGGUAGUAUAAGAGCAUUAUGUCCAAAUAUAAUAGAAUUGGAUAUUUCAAAGAAUUUAAUAAAAAGCUGGUUAACAAUUUUCGAUAUUUGCUCUCAAUUGGAUAACUUGGAGUGGUUAAAUGUUAGUGAAAAUAUUUUAGAGUUUCCACCAGAUUUAGAUGAUUAUUGUUACGGAUCUGUAAGAGUAUUAAUUUGUAAUGCAAUGAAAUUAACCUGGAAUAACGUUUUACAACUGGGAAAAAUUUUUCCUAAUUUAGAAGAACUAAGAGUUCCCAAUAAUAAUAUAACCACAUUGGAUACACCAGAAGAUCAUAAAUUGGUUCAUUUAAAAUUAUUAGACUUGGAAAACAAUCUAAUUCAAAAUUGGGAGGAAAUUUUAAAAUUAAAAUUUUUAAAGAACUUGGAACAGAUGAUUUUAGAAAAUAUAAAAUUGAAUAAAAUAUAUUUUGAGGAUCAAGAAAAAAUCAUAGAUUUUUCUCAUUUAAAAAAAUUAGUUUUAACAAAUAACUUGAUUAAUGAUUGGGAAUCUGUUGGAGAAUUAAACAAACUACAAAAACUAGAGGAUUUAAAAUUUAUUAACAACCCUAUUUUGGAUAAGGAAUCAUUUGUUAUUAGUACAGAGCUAAUAAUAGCCCGAUUAGAAAAUUUAAAAGUUCUUAACGGAACUACUCUUCAAUCGGAUGAACGACGUGGCGCUGAAUAUCGUUAUUUAAAAAAAUAUGGCUUGGAGUAUUUAUCAUUAAAAGAUUAUGAUCAACGAAAGGAGUUUUUAAAGAAACAUAAUCGAUACGACGACUUAAUAACAAAACAUGGAAUGCCUGAAGAAUCUGAAAUGAAAACAACUUCAAAAAUCAUAAAGGGUACAUUAACCGAAUUACAAAUCAUAUUUAACGAGCGAAUCAUUAGAAAAAAAUUACCUCCAUCUAUGUUGGUUCAAAAAUUAGGCACUUUGGUGCAAAAAUUAUUUCAAUUAACCGAUCGCCCAACCUUGAUAUAUACAAGCAAUACUAAAAGUAAUAUUGAAAUUAAUUUGAAUGAUGAUUGUAAGGAGUUGGGAUUUUAUUCCAUGCAAGAUGGUGAUAGAAUUUUGGUUCAGAUGUGAAUUUUCUUUUCAUUUAUAUAAAUUUCUAAUUUUUUAAUUAAUCUUUGUAUUUAUAUUUA